AUGUGUGGAAUGACGGUGCUUUUAGAUGAUGGUGGAGGUGAUGAAGACUUUGACGUGGGUGACGGGAUCCGGAUGCUGCCGCCUCCUCCGGCUCAGUGUGACGGCGGGGUCUGGGGGGCCCGGCGGGGCCACUGCGGAUGUGUGCUGUGGACACUGCUUCUGCUGCUGUGGAAUGUCCUGCUGCUGCUGGGACACACGCAAAUGCCCACAAACACACAAUGUUCUAAUGUUCAGGUUGUGUUUUUACAGGUUGUGGCUUCUCAGGCUGCUCUCUGCCAUUACCUUGAUGACAACAGUUGCUCUGCCCUCAUCAUCCUGGGCUUUGUCAUGAUGUCUCCGCUGGUUGUGGUUGCUGCUGCCACGUUCUGCGCUCUUCUCAGGCGGCUCCACCUUCUCUUAUAUUUUCAGCCAAUCACAGAAGCUCGGUACCAAGGGCGGGGCUUGGGCUGGAGGCGGGACAUCCAUGCCUGGGUUUGACUGACAGACACACCCACCAUUCUUAGGUCAGCGUCCGAGGUGACCUCUAGCAGCAUUUAUAGUGUAAAGGUCAAAGGGUGAGUGAUAUCACAGGACAGCGACGGCGUUACCGUAACUCUAUAGAAACACAAUCAUGUAACGUGUGUAACACAAUGUAUAUAAUAUAUCCCUGAAUGACCAAAAUGUAACUCUGGAAAUGUUUUUAAGAGAAUCCUGUUUCAGCCAAUUCAAUCUUUUCACAUGAUUUGAGAAAUUGAUGCAAAAUUCAAGAGUUAGUGUUACUGUAUAUUUAAAUUGUAAAUGUGUUACCAUAUUACAUUAUAUGACUACUUUAUUUCCGCACAUGCUAGAUUCGUUAAGUCUGUUUGCGUGCAAUAUAUGACGAUGCUCUGUGUGAAGCGA